AUGAACGGCCAUGCUGGGUCAAACCACUCCCGAAACUUCGAGGAGAAUAUGGUCUUGUUGGAGGAAAAGUCGUUGUCCGAUGUCGAGAGCGACGCCGGGAGGGCCGAUAUCGAGUCUCGUUUCUUGAGUCAGGCGGCGAAAUGGUCCUCGCAGGCCGGGUCCCACGUCCUGGGCGGCCUCAUGCGCGGGUCAACGGCAUGGCGCGCCUCCCUGCUCCGCGCCGGCUUCUUCCUGAUUCCCAGCUUCGUCCAGGCCCGCAUCUCGCGCGAUCACCGGAGGCUGUCGUCGUCGAGGGCGGCGGCGGCGCCUGAGCGGCUGGGCCCGACGGCCUACCUCGACGGCAUGCGCGGGCUCGCCGCCUUCUUCGUCUUCUUCUGCCACUACUUCUACACGUGUUUCCACAUCGCCGGCGGCUGGGGCAACGACGGCGACCGCUUCUGGUUUCUCAGGUUACCGUUUGUGCGCCUCGUCUACUCUGGCCCGCCCAUGGUGUGCGUCUUCUUCGUCAUCUCGGGCUACGCCCUGAGCCUCAAGCCGCUCCGGCUGGCGAGGGCCCGCAGCUCUGCUGCCUUUGCGUCUACCAUGUCGUCGUUCGUCUUCCGCCGCGGCCUGCGCCUGUUCCUGCCCACGGCCAUCUCGACGCUCAUUAUCGUGCUGCUACUGCGUUUAGGCCUGUACGAGUGGACGCGUGACUUUGCCAACGACCCCACCUACCUGCGCAACGUGCGCGAGCCGCACUACGGUCGCCUGCCCACGCUGCACGCCCAGCUCGAGGACUGGUUCUGGGCCGUCGUCAACUUCGUCCACGUCUGGGACUGGGACCCCUUCGGCGGCUCUACGGGGCUCGACGUGCAUCUGUGGACCAUUCCCGUCGAGUUCCGCUGCUCCAUGAUGUUGUUCCUGACCCUCAUCGGUACCGCCCGCCUGCGCACCGCCAUCCGCUUUCUCGUGCUUGCUAUGAUUAUGACGUUUACUUAUCGCAGCGUCCGCUGGGAGAUGCUACUCUUCUUCAGCGGUAUGGCCCUCGCCGAGAUCGACGUAAUCCGCGACGCCCAUGCCACCGGCGGCAGCAGCAGCAGCCCAACUACUGCCAUCACCACCACCGGCGAAGCCAACCGCAUGCUGUGGCUGGCCCUUAGCGCCGUGGGGCUGUACCUGAUGUCACAGCCAGACGUUGGCAGCGAGACGACGCCGGGCUUCGUAAUGCUAUGCAAUCUGAUCCCGGGGUGGUGGCCGCCGCACGACCGCUACCGGUACUGGCAGUCGGUGGGCGCCGUGCUGUUCGUCGGCGCCGUCGCCCGCGGCGUGCCCCGCCGCGACUGGCAGCAAGUCUUCUCGCACCCCGCCGCCCAGUACCUCGGCCGCAUCAGCUACGCCGUGUACCUCGUCCACGGCCCCGUCAUGCACACACUCGGCUACGCGUUCGAGCGCGCCGUCUGGACGCACAUCACGGGCGUGCAGUCCGAGUUCGCCUAUGUGACCGGCUUCAUGAUUGCGUCCGUGUUUGUCAUCUUCUCGGUCAUUUCCGCGGCGGACCUCUUCUGGCGCGCCGUCGACGCGCCCGUGGUCAGGUUCUCUCGCUGGCUCGAGGCCCGCUGC